GGCAGUCACAUCGUCGGCUGCAUGUGGACAGCGCAGACGUCCCUUUCUCGUUGCAUGCGCAACAGGGGGGCCCGCCGCCGUCUCGCGGGAUGAGGGUAGGUGGAGGGGGUUGGGUGUAGUCCGAUACACGCUCGCUCAUCCGAAAAGGAGGAGAAACAGCCGAGAAAUCACCAACUCAAUCAUGGGGGGUAAGAUGUGAUACAUACAUGGAUGGAUGGAUGCAUGUGUAUGCCAGUGGGUAUGUUCGUGUGUUGUGGUGUGCGGACUGACCGUUUACAUGAAAGCGGCUUUGUGACCCAAGAGCUUGCGAGAGGCAGGCGAGGGAACUGGGGUGCAUUUCGGCAUGCACCAGAUCCACUAUGACGGCCGCUGCAAGUGUUCAUCUUUCUCUUGACGCCUCGAUGACGAGAUGAGCUUAUCAUCUUCCUGGUGCAUCGUUCUGGUGGUGGUUCAGGGCAUUAUCGCCGGCAGCACCUUCAUCUUCACAGACACCCUCAAGGAUGCCAUUGAUCCGCUAUCGCUUGUGGCUUUCCGACUCGCCAUCGGCAGCGCGGUGCUGACGUCGGUCUUCCUACUAUGGCAGCCGCAGGGGCGAGGCGAGCGGCAGGAGUCGCUCGCGUCCUCCACCCAUCUCAUGAGCGUCGUCGCGCUGUCGAUAAUGAACCAGAUCGUCCCGUACAGCUGCUACCCCAUGGCGAUGAAGCAGGGCAUCUCGGUGACCACAGCGGCCAUCCUGUCUGGUGCCGGUCCUCUCUAUGCAUCGUUGCUCAAGCUGCUCGCUGGGUGGCGCUGGCUGACUUGUGGGCAUCAUCAUCAUCGGGGCGGCACGUCCACUGUCCGGGCUAUACAGAUGAGGGAGGCCGCACCGGCUGAUGGCGCAUUAUCUCCAGCACCUUAUGACGGUGGUGGUGAGGAGGAGGACCAUGAGGCGCGCUCAGCCACACGCACCCUGACAGCGGGGCGCGGCCCACUGAGGUGGCAGAGUGGUCUCAUAGACGACAAGAGGGACGUCUUCGGGCUCGUCAUCGGCUUCAUCGGCGUCACAUUAGUGGUGGCCUUGACCACGCACGGCUUACCGCAUCAGCACGGCAAAGGGCAAGGGGCGGCGGCGGCGGAAGCGUCGGCCACGAGCGUUGUCUUGGGUCUGGUGCUGCUGGCCGCUGCGCUGUUGAGCAAGGCCUCGGCAGCCGUCUUCGCCGAGGCAAAGGUGACGCCGCACUUCCACUUCCUCACUCUGGCGUGGCUUCAGACAACCAUAGGGUCUGCCAUUGCGUGGACGCUGGCCCUUGCGGUCGAGUCGCCCCUGGAGACCCUCAUGCAGCUGCUGAGCUUCGGUGGUGAUGAUAGUAGUGAGGGUGACGACCGUCACUUUGACACGUUGGCCCCGCCAGCUAUGCCCUGUGGCACACCCACCAACAGCAGCAGCAGCAGCAGCAACACAGCGCUAUGCCGUGUGGACCUGGAUCAUCAAGACGCUGAGGACUAUCUGGGUGUGUGGGUGUCGCUGCUGUACUUGGGUGUGGCCGCCUCCUCUCUGGUGUACCUCUGCCAGUUCCUGCUCAUCGGCCAGGUGGGGGCCGUCAAAUCCAUGGUGGUCGACUACAUCACUCCCGUCGUGGGGGCGGUCGAGGGCGGGGUGCUGGCCGGCCGGUCUGCACAGUGGGGCGGCGUGUAUGUCACAGUGGGGCAGGUGGCGGGCCUGGUGCUCAUAUUGCUGGGGGUGGCACUCAUGAGGUGGACGGCGCCAUGUCGGCAGCCAGAGCAGAGUGGCAAUCGUGAUGAACACCGCGGUGGUACUAAUGGGGUGGGGGAGGAGAGCCUGCAGCCGUUGAGGCAACAGGCCGGAUGAGGCUCACGGAGAGGGAGGAAGGGAAGUCAGUCAGACGGACAGUGUGUGUGUGUGUGUGUGAGUAAUCUUUUUUCCGCGUGUGUUUGCUCGGGUGCGCUGCUCUACGAAAAUGGGCCCGUUAUGUAUAUACUAAAGUGCAUCCCUGCCAGUUCCGGC